AUGUUCAACGUCUCUUCAACAAGGUUCCUCCACGACAAGGUUAAGCCACAAGUUGUGCAUCGUGAUGUCCGAGCAAGUAACGUACUUCUUGAUGAAGACUUCGGUGCCCAUCUAAUGGGAGUUGGCCUAUCAAAGUUCGUUCCUUGGGAAGUGAUGCAUGAAAGGAGGGUCAUGGCCGGUGGCACUCAUGGAUAUCUUGCUCCGGAGUUUGUCUAUAGAAACGAGCUUACAACGAAGAGUGAUGUAUACAGCUUUGGGGUGCUUUUACUUGAAAUCAUCAGUGGACGUAGACCGGCACAAGCUGUUGAUUCAGUAGGUUGGCAAAGCAUAUUUGAGUGGGCUACACCACUGGUGCAAGCUCAUCGCUAUCUUGAGCUUUUGGAUCCUCUUAUAACAUCGUCGUCUUCUUCUCAAAUACCUGAAGUUGGAACUGUUCAGAAAGUGGUGGACCUUGUGUACUCUUGCACACAGCAUGUCCCGUCUAUGCGUCCUAGAAUGUCUCAUGUUGUCCACCAGCUGCAGCAGUUAGCACAGCCUCCUGCAGCUAAAUAA